AUGGGGUCCCAUAGUCACCCUCCCAGAAAAUGGUCUUUAUCAGAAGAUCAGAAGCUAAGAGAAGGAGUUGAAGCUCAAUUGAGAGAAGGAGAAGUCAAAGAUUGGUGCAGAAUUGCUGAUAGUCUCCCUGGUCGAACAAACAAAGACUGUCGAAAACGGUGGCACAACUCUGUGGCAGGCGGGCUCAAGAAGGGGCAAUGGUCAAAGAGCGAGGAUGAUUUACUAGCAAGAGGAGUUGAAGAACACGGCCAAAGAUGGACAGUAAUAGCAAACUGUGUGGGAACAAGGAGCGCAGAUCAAUGUGCAAAGCGGUGGCAGCAGUCACUCGAUCCAAAUCUAGACCGGAGCGAAUGGCAAGAGACUGAUGACAAUGAGUUGAUUGAUGCGGUUCAGCAACUUGGGCGCCAUUGGAAGGAUAUUCAACGGGAGCAUUUCCCAGAAAGAUCGAAGAACGAUAUCAAGAAUCGGUACACAGUCUUGGUACGGCGGUAUCAGAACCAAGGCAUCACUCUCGCAAACGCUCCAAGCUCUCCAUCCGAUUGUGGUACACCCGCUCCGUUCCCCAACUACCCAGAAGACGAUGGUUAUCUAUCUCCAAACUCAGCAAUGUACGAUUCCCUUCUACACACUCCGUCACCGAGAGGACAUCGCCUUUCGUGGUCAAGUAUCGACAACGACGCAUACUCAACAUGGUCCUCUUCACAAGCAUACACCAUGCCUACCGCUGUAGCCGACCAACAUAUCCACCAGUCGUCAGCAACCCUGCCUCAAUACGGAUACACCCAGCCACCACCAAUAAACCCAAACAUGCCUUCACCAUGGGAUCAAACGACCUCGUACAUGCACCCUUCAUCACCAUCGCUUCACACCGGCGGCGCAUCCAUAAACCCUUCGAUUCAGGGCUAUAGCAGCUAUCAACUUGCCCAGCAACCAAUCAUAUCGCGAAGUCCAGUCUACACAGCCCCCACGGCCCACGCUCCGUAUGGCACAAUGCCACAUGGGCCGCCACGUCGAACGUCUGGUCAGCAGGAUUAUAUCGAGACAACAUCGCCAAUGUAUCAGGAUCCUAGAAACUCGCAAUAUUCCUAUUACCCUUCGUGA